AUGUGGCAGGCUGUCGAUCAAUCAGAUCCCGCUGCGCGACACUCGGGCGUGAAGCCAAGGGAGAAUGGCCAUAUCAACCCCUCCCGCCCCAAAUUGUUCGCGACUCCUGCGUCCAUUGUCAUGAAGUCCAUGGGUACUCCAAAAGGCCUCCCACUCGUCGGCAAUGUCUUCGAUGUCAACCCGUCCAACACCUGGCAGUCCUUGCAGCGCUUAUCCGAGAAGCACGGCGAGAUCUUCCAGAUCAAAGUCCUCGGCAAUACCAUCGUGUUUGUGGCAGGCUCCGCCCUGGCGGAGGAGCUGUGCGACGAGAAACGCUUCCGCAAGUACGUGGGUGGGCCGAUCGUCGAGAUCCGGCGUGCGGUGCACGACGCGCUCUUCACGGCGUAUGAAAACGAGGAGAACUGGGGCGUCGCUCACCGCAUCAUUGCGCCGCGUCUUACUCCUGAUGCUGUGAGGGAGUGGUGCGGGGAGGUUGUCGACUGCACGAGCGAGCUGAUUGGGAAGUGGAAGGGGAUGAGCGAGUCUGGAGGCGGUGCCUCUCGUGCUGAUGGAGUUUUGCUAAUCGAUGAGCUGAACCGGUUGAAUCUUGAGGCCACUACUCUGACCAUGUUUGGAAAGAAGCUGAACUGCAUUCCUGCCAAGGAGAGCCACCCGAUGUUGCAGGGCAUGGAGGAUUCCACCUCUGAGGCCAUGAAGAGACCCACUCGGCCGAGGCUCUUCAAUUGGCUAUUCUUUGGCGGCAAGUUUAAUCGGUCGAUAAAGGUGAUGCGCGAGGACUAUGCUGCCGAUCUCGUGUACCACAGAAAGCAAAACCCCACCAGCCGGAGGGAUAUACUCUGGGACUUGAUGGAAGGGCAAGACGAACAAACAGGCAGGGGCAUGACGGAAAGCCAGGUGGUAGAUGAGAUCGUGUCUAUGCCAAUCGGGAGCUCGACAGCGCCAUGUCUUGUUGCCAGCGCGGUGUACUUCCUCCUGCAGAACAAGGAGUGUAUCGCCAAGGCAAGGGAGGAGCUGGACCAGAUUGUCGGCCCGUGGUCACGCGACGCGGCGCAAGUCCAAGCUGACCACCUCCCACGUCUGAAGUAUAUCGAGGGCAUCGUUCGCGAGUCUCUUAGGCUGAGCUUCCCGGCACCGGGCUUCAACAUCGAGCCGGUGCCUCGACCUACAGGACCCAGCGGCGAUGCGGACAAGAGCCCGAUCCUUCUGGCUGGCGGGAAGUACCAAGUUGCGCACAACCAACCCAUGAUCAUUGUCCUGGCCGGUGUGAAUCGUGAUCCGGCCGUCUUUGACGAGCCACUUGCCUUCAGGCCGGAGCGCAUGAUGGGCGACUUAUUCGAGGACUUGCCUGCUGGCGUGAAGAAGUGGUUUGGAAAUGGGAAGAGAGAAUGCAUUGGAAAACACUGGGCAUGGCAAUUCAACAUGAUUGCCACGGCGAUGUUGAUCCGAGAAUGUGAUUUUGAGAUGGUGGACCCGAGCUGGAAGCUGGAUGGACAUCAAGAUGGGUGGUUCAAUUUGAGGCCCGUUGAAUUCAGGGUUAGAGUCAAGCCGAGGGCUGUGUAG